AUGUCCGCCAACGAAGCUGGCGAUGGAGCUGCUGAACUGACCAACGGUGUAACGGCGGCUAACGAGUCCGCAGCAACGCCGGCGCCGUCACCAGCAGCAGCCGCACAAACGUCAUCACCGCCAGCGUCAGCAGCAACGGCUCCUCAGCAGCAGCAGCAGCAGCAGCCAGACGGAGCUAUGGACAAUGGCAACGCAACGGCUGAAAUUAGUUCUGCUGCACAGUUCGAAGGUGGCGUUUCAAAUAGUUACGGUGCGGUCAAACAGUUUAAUGAAACAAAUAGCAACAACAACGGCAACAACGUUAACUAUACGUCAAAAUCGAACGGCUAUCACAACCAGCACAACGGCAACAACAACAGCAAUCAAUUUGAUAAUCCCGGCAGUAAUCGAAGUAGUCCCCUAAAGAGUCCACAACAACAGCAACACUAUCGCGGUGUAGGACGUGAGAGCAGCUUUCAACCGAUAUCCGUACAACAACAUCAUCUCUGUCAAACCGUACUCGACGAUAGUGAUAAUGAGGAUUACGAACUACAGGGCGCAGCUGGUGGUUUAGUGGGUGAUUAUUGGCAACAACGUAACGGUAUUGUUGGCGCACCAGCAAGUGGUGGUCGACAGAGUCGUGCUCCGCCGCUAAGUCCCACUUACGUGGAUAAUAUGUCGGAGAAUUCGGAGCAACCACCAAUGGUGCCACUCGUACGCUCCAAAUCCCGGCCAGAGUUGUCAUCCAAUGCGCAACUGAAUUCCGCAAUGAGCGCCGCUAGUCGCUAUAAUAAUCUUUCAUACUGGAAAGCGCGUCGUGUGGUCUUCUAUCGCAAUGGUGAUCCCUUCUUUCCGGGCGUGGAGCUGCGUUAUCGUCCCGGACGUGAUAUCACCUCGUUGGAUAGUUUGUUGGAUAAGAUCUCGCCGAAAAUGGAUUUGCCACGCGGCGCACGUUAUGUCUUCUCAAUGGACGGCGAUCGCAAAUAUCAUUUGGAUGAGCUCGAAGAUGGCGCUUCGUAUGUGGUGUCGUCGUUUAAGGCGUUCAAGAUGCAAUUUGAGAUAAGCUCCGGUAUUGAAACAUCCUACAGAUCCCCCACCUUCUAA